UUCACCGAUGGUGAAAUUACCUGUAUUGGUGCGGGUUUUGUUGGAGGGCCGACAUGUGCCGUGAUUGCAUACAAAUGCCCCGACAUCAACGUGACGGUCAUCGACUGCUGCCCAGAAAAAAUCGACGAGUGGAACUCGGACGAACUGCCGAUUUACGAGCCACAGCUAGAUGAAAUCAUGAAGAGCUGUCGGGGAAAGAACUUGUUCUUUAGUCAUGACACAGAAGGCGCGAUCCAAAAAGCACAGCUGAUAUUUCUUUCGGUGAAUACUCCAACGAAAACAUACGGAUUUGGAAAUGGAAGAGCGGCCGAUUUGACUCAUCUGGAGGCGUCUGCAAGAGUCAUAUUGUCGUAUGCAAAAGACUCUAAGAUAGUUGUGGAGAAGAGUACAGUACCCGUUCGGGCGGCCGAAAGCAUCGCGCGUAUCUUGGCUUCUAACAAGAAUCCGAAUAUCAGUUUUCAGGUACUGUCAAAUCCAGAAUUUUUGGCUGAAGGAACGGCUAUUGCGAACUUGUUCAAUCCAGACCGAGUGCUGAUUGGCCAUGAGCAAACGCCAGAAGGAUUUGCUGCAGCGGAAGUUUUGGCCAGCAUGUAUCGUCGUUGGGUACCAGCAAAACGUAUUUUAACAAUGAAGACGUGGUCAUCAGAGCUCUCGAAACUGGCAGCCAAUGCAUUUUUGGCACAGCGAAUCUCAGAUAUUAACGCAAUCAGCGCCAUUUGUGAACUCACUGGUGCGGACAUUCGUGAGGUGGCAAAGGCGGUUGGAACCGACUCGCGAAUAGGAUCCAAAUUUUUGCAAGCUAGCGUGGGCUUCGGAGGCAGUUGCUUCCAGAAGGACAUACUAAAUCUCGUUUACCUUUGCGAGUCGCUGAAACUGAACGAGUGCGCUGAUUACUGGCAUCAGAUAGUUCUUAUUAACGAAUGGCAGCGUAAAAGGUUCGUCAAAACAAUAAUUGAAACACUGUUCAAUACAGUAAAAGACAAGUCACUAGCAAUUCUCGGCUUUUCAUUCAAAAAGAACACCGGUGACACAAGGGAAUCGUCCAGCAUAUACAUCUCGAAGUAUCUUAUAGAGGAGGGCGCGAAGCUCAAUAUCUACGACCCAUGCGUUCCGAAAAAGACCGUAUGCCUGCUGAUGACUUUCUCAAUAUUGCUACAGGAAGUUGUAUUUUUAGUAGAAACUCGUGUGACUGUCUCCAGCAAUCCGUAUGAUGCUUGCAAAAAUGCGCACGCGUUAGUUGUUCUCACGGAAUGGGACGAAUUCAAAGAACUCGAUUACGAAAAGAUCUAUUCGCUGAUGGCGAAACCCGCGUUUGUUUUUGAUGGCAGAAUCAUACUCGAUCAUGAAAAGCUGUUAAAUUUUGGCUUCCAUGUACAUUCUGUUGGCUUGAAGCUCAAGGACCAUUAUCCAACUGGCAAUGGAUAUUGA